ACAUAAAAAUGGCGGCACCCGUGCAGAAGCCAAACAUUACUUUGUAAGCUAGUAAAAUGCAUCGAAGAUACAGGAUUCACAUCCAUACUUUUGAAACAAAAGAUAGCAGUGCCAUUUUGUUUCUUAUACGUAAUUUUCCAGGCCUCGAGCGACAGAACGCUUUGUGAUCGCAAUCAAACGUGACAAAGACACGCUUAUCAAACAAGAAGGAAUAACUUCAAAUGUAACAACGGAAACACUACAGACAAUAUGGAGUUUAUUAAACAGGAGAGUGAAGACAUGAGUUGUGCAGAAUCAUGCAGCGUGAAAGAUGAAGAAACGACGGAACAAAGAGAACUGAUGGAACUGAAAGAGGAAAGUGAAGAACUGAAAGUGGAGGAGAAACAUCAGUAUCAGGGACCUCAUGAAAAAGCGAUUAGCUGCUUACAGACUGUAAAGAAUGUCUCACAAAAAAAGGCUUUCGCCUGCACUCAGUGUGAAAAGAGUUACAGCAGUAAAGGAAACCUUGAGGUGCACCUGAAAACCCACACCGGAGAAAAGCCUUUUACGUGCCCUCAGUGUGAAAAGAGUUUCAUGUUUAAAGGAAGACUUAAUGCGCACAUAAGGAGUCACACUGGAGAGAAGCCUUUUACAUGCCCUCAGUGUGGGAAGAAUUUCAGCAGCAAAGGAAUCCUUGCUAGGCAUGUGAAAAUUCACGAUGCACGGGACCCCUUUACCUGCCUCCAGUGUGGAAAAAGUUUUGCAGUGAAACAAUACUAUAACCGUCACAUGAAAAUUCACUCCGGAGAGAAGCCUUUCACAUGCCCUAAUUGUGGAAGAGGUUUCACAGAGAAACAAAGCUUUAACCAUCACAUUAGAAGUCACACUGGAGAGAAGCCUUUCGAGUGCCCACUGUGUGGAAAAGGUUUCACGCGUAAAGAAAGCUUUGAAUACCACAUGAGAAUUCACACCGGAGAGAAGCCUUUUACGUGCUCCCAGUGUGGGAAGAGUUUCACACGUAAAGAGUCCUUUAAGUUGCAUAUGAGAAUUCACACUGGGGAAAAGCCUUUUACAUGCCCUCAGUGUGGAAAAAGCUUCGCCGAUAAACCAAGCUUUAACUGUCACGUAAGAAUUCACAAUGGAGAGAAGCCUUUUACAUGCCCUCAGUGUGGGAACAGCUACCCAUGUAGACGAUACCUGAAAAGGCACAUGAAAGUUCACGCUGCAGUCAAACCUUUCACCUGCCCUCAGUGUGGAAAAGGUUACACAGACAAAGGAGGCCUUACCAAUCACAUCACAAAUAUUCACACUGGAGAGAAGCCUUUCCCAUGCCUUCAAUGUGGAAUGAGCUUCUCACGUAGAACAGCCUUUAAUACACAUAUGAGAAUCCACACCGGAGAGAAGCCGUUUGCGUGCCAGCAGUGUGAAGAGAGUUUCACAAACAGAAGAAGACUUGCUACCCACAUGAGAGUUCACACUGGAGAAAAGCCAUUUACCUGCUUCCAGUGUGGGAAGAGUUUCACACGCAAAAGGACACUUAAUACGCACAUGAGAAUUCACACCGGAGAGAAGCCGUACACGUGUCAGCAGUGCGAGGAGAGUUUCACAAACAAAAGAAGACUUGAUUCCCAUAUGAGAAGUCACACUGGAGAGAAGCCUUACACAUGCUCUCAGUGUGGGAGGAGCUUCACACGACCGAGAAGUCUUAAAAAUCAUGUUUGCUCUAACUCUAAAGUGAGAUCGUUUAACUGUGAUCAGUGCUGUAUAAAUUUUACUUCGGCAUCAGCCCUAAAAAUACACCUUGAAAUUCAUACCGAGCAGAAUCUUUCCUCUAGAUCGGCAGAAAAAACUCAUGCCUGCUUGGAGUGUGGGAAGGCCUUUUCUAAUACCAGUGACUUGGGGCGGCACCUGAGAAUCCAUACUGGCGAAAGACCAUACAGGUGCUCAUAUUGUGGAAAGGGUUUCACUCUGUCACAAAGCCUGAAAAUACACGAGAGAGUUCAUAUUGGAGGAAUGCCAUACCACUGCACUUCAUGUAGGAAGAGUUUCAGCCAAUUAUAUACUCUACAGAUUCAUAGAAUAAAGUAUUGCCCAAAGUUAUCGAAGUGAGCAAAUUGCAUGUCAUUUUCAGUGAAAAUAAUGUCAUUGAUUUUAAAUCCGGAAUAAAAAAAACCUUGAGGCUUCACGUAUACCAUAUGCAGCUUUCAGUGAGCCCGUUUACAUGCACGUUCUUACACGGAUUAUACUUAAUAAGCCGACAACGUGUGUGGUCAUGCAAACACAUUAAAAGUCUUUCCUUUAUCAGUGUAAGGUCAUAAACAGAUUAAGAAUAAACCGACUGACACAGGUAGACGUUUGCCCAUUACCCUAAUUUUGCGUUGUAUGUACACACCUUAACCGGCAUUCUAGUCGGCUUAUCCAAUGUACACACGUGUUGUGCGCAUGCCUCUUCAACGUUUGACGUCAAAAGCAGGAAAUAUCUCGAUUAUUUAAUAUCUCAUGUAAACACGCUUUUCUAAACUUACAUUUAGUAGAGGCUUUUAUCCUAAGCAACUUACAAAUGAGGAACACAAUAAGCAAUUUGCUGCACAAAAUUCAAAAAUAGCUGCGUUUCCACUAUCGACCAAAUGGGGCAUGCUAGUGUGUGCCAGGGCCGGUUGCAUUCCCACUAUCACUUGCGGGGCUUUAUCUUGCCUCCUCUGGGCUUCUUCUGGGCCAACGGCCAAGCACGUUUGGCCCUCCGAUUACCCCUGGGCCAAAGAAGGCCAACUGGGGAUUGAGGUGGGGUCAAUGUCAAAGGCGGAGUUUCGCUGAGUCAGGUCAGAGGUUUCAGCACAAAGAUAUAAUUUCCCAAUUUUUCAUAUCUAGCUUACCUCAACAGAUCAAUAGAGAAUCGUCAGUACUGGUCAGUAGAGGAAAUCAGGGCCGAUAAAAAAAAAAAGUGCAACGUCAGAUCGACGUUUUCUGCCGAACAAAGACAUGAUUAAUUUUAUUAUUGCCAAACUUGCAAAGUUGUGUAUCCAGUGCACAACGGUACAGGUUCGGGAAUUUAUUUUUUUUUUUUAAAUGGAGUUUUCCUUUUACUUGUGAAAUGGGUGGGGUGUGUGACAUUUGCACCAGGGCAGCGUAUAAAUGGCAGGUUUUAUGGCUAUUGGCCCGAGGGUGGGAAUGCAGAUCGAGGUCCGAGGCUAUUGGCCCCGGAUGACCAGUUGAUAGACCUGGCUCACACUGGCCCAAUGGUGGAAAAGCGGCUAAUAUCUGCAGUAUCGCAAGUUCUCAGAGUGGCUGGAGUGGUAUAGAAGCUAAUGUAGAAGAAAGAGUCAGACAAGAUUUUAUUUUUAUUUUUAAUUGACAAUUUUCUGUUUUUUUUUAAAUAAGCAGAUUUUUGGGAGUUAUCAGCGUAUUGCUGUGCAUGUAAAUGGGCUUGGUGAUUUAUUUUAUUUUAUUUUUUAUCCCCUUUUCUCCCAAUUUAGAAUGCCCAAUUCC